AUGCAAGUUGCUAUGUUGUGGAUCAUGGUCUCGUGUUGGUAUAUCACAGUCCAUGCUCAUGAGUUUAUUAUAGAUAUUAAAAAACCCAUUCCGUGGUUUCUAGAAUCACAUAUAAAGCCACAUUUGAAGAAGCAUAUGAGCAUAGGAUCGAUGGAUAGUUGGUUAGUAGAGAUCCCCACAAACCUCAUCGAUAAGUUUAUGGAUCUGUCGCAUUAUUUGGAUAUUACCCCCAACGUGGAGGUGAUGGCCUUUGAAGAUAUGCAGAUUGAUUUCAAAGACAAAUAUAGAGAUGUUAAUAAGGAUGGAGGCGAUUGUGAGGAGGAGAAAUGCAAUGAAGAAGAAGAAGAAGAGGAGGAAUGGUGUGAAGAAUAUGAUGACGGUGAUGAAGAAGAAGAGGAGGAAGGAGAAUUUGGACACGAAAAGUAUUCAACCCAAUUCAAUGCUCCAAGACAUUUAUCACGAGCCUCAAGAAUCACAAAAUUGCCCACUGCCAGUAAUUUUACAUAUAACUAUUAUUAUCCAAGAGAUUAUCAAGGAGCUAAUGUAACUGUUUAUGUUUUGGAUUCUGGAAUACGUAUGGAUCAUCCUGAAUUUGAAGGACGGAUCCUUGAAGCUUAUGAUUUUACAGAUUCCGGGGUUGGUGAUAAUUAUGGUCAUGGUACAAGUGUUGCAGGGAUCAUUGGAUCCAAAACAUAUGGGGUAGCUAAAAACGUUAAUCUCAUAGAUAUAAAAGUUUUGAAUAAUAAGGGUAAGGGGAAUGUUUUCAGUAUUUUGCAAGGUUUACAAUUCAUUACAAAACAUUGUGAAGAAAAUACAAACGGUAAUUGUAUCAUUAAUGCUUCUUUAGGUGCUAUCAAUAUUCAAAUAUUGAAUAAGGCAUUUGAAGAAGUUCAUAACGCAGGUAUACCUGUUAUUUGUGCGGCAGGUAAUAAUGCAGUCAACGCUUGUUGGAUUACACCUGCUGGUUCGAAAGGUGUAUUCACAGUAGGUUCAUUUGAUGAUAGAGAUGAUACAAUUGCCACUUUCUCCAAUUGGGGUCGUUGUGUUGAUAUGAUGGCACCGGGUGUAUAUGUGAGAACUUUAUUAUAUACAAAUCAAAAGGGAAGUAGAGAAAGUUCAGGUACUUCUGUCUCGACACCAAUUGUUACGGGUCUAGCGGCUAUAUUAUUGUCUAAGGGAGUCCCCAAGGAAAAUCUUUACGAUGAGAUUAGAAAAAUGGGGUCUAGAGAUUUAUUAAGAAAUAAAGAAUUUUCAAGGUUACCAGGAACUCCAAAUUUAAUUGUAAAUAUAGGUCCCCAAAAGGAAGAUGAUGUUUAUCCAGAUGACGCUUACAUAGAUGAGGAAAGACGUUACACUACACCUGCCACAUUUGUCGAUACAUUAAAUCAAAAGAAAAGAAUUCAUUUUACAGAUAAUUAUGAUUUAGUAAUGAGUAAAUUCAAAUUUAAAAUGCAAGAUUUAAAACUAAAUCAUUUGAAAAAAAUUAUAAUAUAA